AUGAACGACAUGGGAUCUCUCGCCCACACGUUGACCGCCUCUGGUGGUACGGAAUCUGCUGGGUUUUUGAACGACCUGGUCGCUCAGCUCUGGCCAAAUAUCAACGUCGCCGGUUGCAAGAUGGUGAAGGAUAUCGUCGAGCCUAUACUAGCUUCUACCCUUCCAGGCCCUUUGGCCAAUUUGAGAUUCGUCAAAAUCGAUCUGGGCGAUGUGCCUUUGCAUUUCUCGGAGGUAGAUACUCAUAAGACUUCCGCUGGGGGCAUCCAGCUGGAGAUGGACGUUACCUGGGAUAGCAAGAGCGACAUCGAGCUAGAUGGAAGCAUGGUACCCAAGAUUGGUAUCGAGCGUAUUCAUCUCAGGGGAAGACUGUCGGUCCUCCUUGCUCCUUUGACGAAUGUUAUCCCUUGUAUCGGCGCUGCACAAGUUGCCUUUAUUAACCCUCCAAAGCUUGAGCUCGACUUCACGGAUGCCGCAAACAUUGCCGACCUUGGAAUCAUUUCAGGCACUGUUCGCAAGACUAUUCUAGGCAUCAUCAGUGGCAUGGCUGUCCUUCCCAACCGCUUCCUGGUCAAGCUCGACAACUCCAGUGACUGGUUCAAGACAUUCCAACCCCACAUUGGCGUCAUGCGUCUAACCAUAGAACGAGCCGUCGGCAUCUCGGGCCCGAAGAAGAGCGGCGCGAAACGACUUUUGGCAAAGAUUGUCAAGGAUGUCCCCGACUGCUACUGCAAGGUGACUGUCGGUGCCGAGGAUGAGUGGCGAACGUCAACCAAGAAGAACGACCACGAUCCGGAGUGGAACGAGACGCACGAUUUUCUCGUUUCAGACUUCGACCAAAAUAUCUUCCUUGACAUUGACGACGACGACGUCGGCGCGGAUGACGAUAUCGGCGAAGGCUCUAUCUCUAUCAAAGACAUCUUGCUCGGCGGUGGAAGCAAGGAGAUUGCUUUAUCACACAAGGGCGAACACACUGGAGCUCACCUAACGGUGCAUGCCAGAUUUUUCAACUUCGUGAGUGAUGCCUCGGCCCUCUCUGCCUCGGAGAGCCAAGGUGAAGGCCAAUUUGUUGGUCUGGCUACCAUACUUGUCGCCAGUGCCCUUGGUCUACAAGGUCAGCGUGAUGAGCUCAAUCCCAGCGUCAAGGUGACUUGGGGCGCGAAGGAGUUCCGCACCGCAAUCAAGACAUACACACCUGGCACCGACAUUUUCAAUCCUUCUUUUGAUCAGGCGUUCCGCAUUCCGAUCACAAAGGAUCUGGUAGACAGCGGAGCAAGCUUCAGGAUUGCAUUGUUGAACAAGGAGAGUGAGACUGGCGCUGUCGACAUUCCUUUCGCGGAUGUACUCAACGGGCCGAAUGCUGGUGUUGCAGACACAUUCGAUGUUGGUGAUGGGGCGACUGUGAGAGUCAGUGUAUUUCUGAAAGGAUUACAACCGGCCCAUUAG